AUGUGUGACUUCUCUUGCUACGGCGGGACUGACGAAGAAUGGCUCGCCCUGGAACGGACGUUACCGGCAGCAGCCAAUCCUGAAUUACCACUAUCGGAGAUAGUGCGGUUAGCCAAUGAAGAACGAGAAACCAUCGCGAGAGAGUCAAUGACGAAGCUUACAAAUAAGGUACGGAAGAAAGACUACUCAGUUUCUUCUCGCGAUGGGAAUAGUAUACCGGCGCGCAUCUAUCGACCAAUUGAAGUCCCAGACGAUGAGCUGCUCCCACUGUAUAUUCAUCUCCAAGGCGGUGGGUUUAUGUUCGGCACACUCGAUGCCGAGGACGCGAUAUGUGCUCGAAUAGCCAUUGGAUCAAAGGUGGCAGUUCUCAAUAUCGAUUAUAGGCAUACUCCGGAGUUUGCACACCCCGCACAGUGGAACGAUGCUGAAGAUGCCUUUGAGUGGGCACAUGACAACAUGGAUAAGCUAUUCUGCGACCCUUCAAAGGUUAUUCUAGGUGGAAUAUCGGCGGGUGCUUGGGUUGCUGCAUCUCUAACUCUUGAGCGACAUCUCCAUCGAGCCACUAGUCACCGACCACCCAUCGCUGGCCAAGUCCUCAUGAUACCGUGUCUAGCACACGUAGCUUGCUACGAACCGCAGUUGAGAAAAAUGAAGGAUCACUCGAUAUCAUCUUACAAACAAAACGAGUUAGCACCGAUGUUUUCUCUUGCAGAACUCCGCUGGUUCACUAGUCUUCUUAAGAUCGAGAAUCCAGACAUCAAUGACACAAAGCUCAACCCAGGCAAUGCGACACCGGAACAGGUCAAGGGUAUGCCGCCUACGGUGUUGGGCAUAGUUGGACUAGACCCUCUUAGGGACGAAGCACUUCUUUAUGCAAAGAUGUUGGCAGAAGCUGGCGUUCCCACAGAUGUUAAUCUGUUCAUUGGCCUACCGCAUGGCUUCCGGUCUUACGAAGAGAAAUUGUCGGCGUCAGCUCGAUGGGAUAAGGUCAUUGAGGAUGGAAUAUGCUGGGCAUUGUCUGAUCCUCUGCCAAGCCACGAAUUUCAUGUGAAGACUUAG